AUGAAUGAUGACGAGGCUAUCCGGAGCAUUCAGGCCAAAAUCGAGCGGGAGGAGGCCCUCAUGACGGCCGCCAUCAACAUGCGCUCCCUCCCCAUCAACGAAGGCCAUCGCUCCAGGAUCGACAGCGAGCUGCGCGACAACGAGCGCAACAUCAAGUUCUUCAAAGAGAGGCUCGACGCCAUCAAGCAGCGCAAGGUCCAGCAGGGCCUCGGCGCCAUCUCCCUCGUCGAAGCCGGCGGCAGCCAGUCACCCCCCGUGCCUCCGCCCAAGGACGCUGGCGCUGCUUGGGGGGACCAGGGCUCCUAUGCCGCCGGCUCCGCCCAAUACAGUCAGCCCGGCCAGCACGGCGACUUGAUGCCGCCACGCCAUCCCUACGCCCCGCCCGGCCCCGGCUCCGGCAUGCCCAAGCCCCGGCCCAACUUCACAAAGCUAGAUCUCGUCAAAUACGACACGCCACACCUCGGCCCCCGAAUCCAGCUCAUGCUCUCCCAGAUCCAGUUCAAGCUCAACGUCGAGGAGCAAUACCUCAAGGGUGUCGAGAAGAUGGUCCAGCUGUACGGCAUGGAGGGUGAUCGCAAGAGUAAGGCCGAUGCUGCCGCCCGCCGCGUCGAGAGCAAGCAAAAGAUUGUCCUCCUCAAGCAGGCCCUCAAGAGAUACGAAGAACUCCACAUCGACAUGGACUCGGCCGACGCCCAAGACGAUGACUCCAUAAACACGCCCAAUCUCCGCAAACCCCUCAGCGGCCGGCUUUGCAUUCGAGCAAUGGGCGUCAAGGGGGUCGACCAUGCUGCAACCGGCCGCUUCGCCCGCGGUCCCGAGACGUUCGUUGCCGUCAAGGUCGAAGACUCGGUCAUGGCGCGCACAAAGGUCUCGCGAACCGAUCGAUGGGACAGCGAGCAACACACCAUCGACGUGGACAAGGCCAACGAGAUCGAGGUUACCGUGUACGACAAGCCCGGCGAACACCCCAUACCCAUUGGUCUGCUGUGGAUCAGGAUAUCGGACAUUGUCGAGGAAAUGCGCCGCAAGAGGAUCGAGGCCGAGAUGAACUUUUCCGGCUGGGUUUCGGCCGACCAGAUGGGCAACCCGUCGUCGCCCCCGACCCAGUUUCCCAUGGGCUCCUUGCAGGGCCAAGCCGGGAGCUUUGGCGGCGCGUCCGGACCCCAGGGCCAGCAGCAGCAGGGGACACAGCUUGGCGCCCCCGGGCCUCAACCCCAGGUCAACGUGGGGCCCAUCGAUGAGUGGUUCAACCUUGAGCCCACGGGCCAGAUCCAGCUGCAGAUGAGCUUCGUCAAGCAGAACCAAGACCGUCGCCAGGCGGAUCCGGGCCUGGGCCGCAAGGGCGCCGUGCGACAGCGCAAGGAAGAGGUCCACGAGAUGUACGGCCACAAGUUUGUCCAGCACCAGUUCUACAACAUCAUGCGCUGCGCGCUCUGCGGAGAUUUCCUCAAGUACUCGGCCGGCAUGCAGUGCGAGGACUGCAAGUACACUUGCCACAACAAGUGCUAUCACAGCGUCGUUACAAAGUGCAUCAGCAAGAGCAACGCCGAGACGGAUCCCGAAGAGGAGAAAAUCAACCAUCGGAUCCCCCACAGGUUCACGCCCUUCUCCAACAUGACGGCCAACUGGUGCUGCCACUGCGGCUAUAUCCUGCCCUUUGGCAAGAAGAAUUGCAGAAAAUGCUCAGAGUGCGGCCUCACGUCUCACGCUCAAUGCGUCCACCUGGUCCCUGAUUUUUGCGGCAUGUCCAUGGCCGUUGCAAAUCAGAUACUGGAAGGCAUAAGGAUCCAAAAGCAACGGCAAGCCAAGGCCUCGCCCAUGUCCGACCGGACUCUGCGAUCUGGCGCGAACAAGAUGAGCCCGACCAGCGCCACCCACUCGUCCUCGCCUUCCUUCUCGAGCUCGACCCCUACUCUCUACGGACAGAGCACUCCCUCUACUGAGGCGACCGAGGCCGCCAAGAUCAUGUACGCCAAUCAGACGACUCCGCAGCGGCCGGCUCAGCCAUUGCGUACUUCCUCGAACACGCCGGCCGCGGCCGCAGCAGCCUCCGCAGCCAUGUCUGGGUCGGCCUCCGUCCAGGACCUACGAUCGCCCUCGGAAUAUGGGCGCUACAGUGGCGGCUACGACCAGCAGCGCCCUCCGUCUCAGCAACAACAACAGCAACCGCAGGAGGAUCUAUACGGCCACGGCCAGUAUGGAGGGCAGCCGCAGCAGCGCAAAUACAAUCCUGCCGACUACGCCAACGUCAACCCGCCCUACGCCGGCCAAGCUUCUGGCCAGGCGAGGCCCCCUGCUCAGCAGCAACAGCCGCAACAGCCCCAGGCGAUGCAACAACCGCCCCAGCAGCAGCAAUAUGGAGCGCCUGCUGCUGCCCAGAAGCCGGAGCCUUCAGCGAUCCAGAGGCUGUCCUCGGGCCCGCGGAUUGGGCUGGACCACUUCAACUUCCUCGCGGUCCUCGGCAAGGGAAAUUUUGGCAAGGUCAUGCUUGCCGAGACGAAGCGAUCGAGAAAGCUCUACGCCAUCAAGGUGCUCAAGAAGGAGUUCAUCAUCGAGAACGACGAAGUGGAAAGCAUCAAAUCGGAGAAGCGUGUCUUUCUGAUUGCCAACAAGGAGCGCCACCCCUUCUUGACGAACCUGCAUGCCUGCUUCCAAACGGAGACCCGGGUGUACUUUGUCAUGGAGUACGUGAGCGGAGGCGACUUGAUGCUGCACAUCCAGCGGGGGCAGUUUGGCACAAAGCGUGCACAAUUCUACGCUGCCGAGGUGUGCUUGGCGUUGAAGUAUUUCCACGAAAACGGCGUCAUCUACCGUGAUCUCAAGCUCGACAAUAUCAUGUUGACGCUCGACGGCCAUAUCAAGGUUGCCGAUUACGGUCUCUGCAAGGAGGACAUGUGGUACGGCUCGACGACGAGCACGUUUUGCGGGACACCCGAGUUCAUGGCUCCAGAGAUUCUGCUGGACAAAAAGUAUGGCCGGGCGGUUGACUGGUGGGCAUUUGGCGUCUUGAUAUAUCAGAUGCUUCUGCAGCAGUCACCGUUCCGAGGCGAGGACGAGGAUGAGAUCUAUGACGCCAUCCUCGCAGACGAGCCUCUGUACCCGAUCCACAUGCCCAGAGACUCCGUCUCGAUCCUGCAGAAGCUCCUCACCAGGGAGCCCGAUCAGCGGCUGGGUAGCGGCCCGACAGACGCGCAGGAAGUCAUGAGCCAGCCUUUCUUCCGGAACAUCAACUGGGACGACAUUUAUCACAAGCGCGUGCAGCCGCCGUUUAAGCCGACCAUCAAGAACGCAACGGACACGAGCAACUUUGAUUCUGAGUUUACGAGCGUCACUCCCGUGCUCACUCCCGUGCAGUCUGUCCUGUCGCAAGCCAUGCAAGAAGAGUUCCGUGGCUUCUCGUACACGGCCGACUUUGAAUAG